AUGUGUGCCGCCACACAACCUCCUCAAUUCUAUUGCCGCUUCUUCCAUCGCAGGCCUUUCGGCACUACUCAACUUGAUGCAACUCUUUGCAAGCUCCGCAACUGCUCUGAGUUGCUCUCUGUUUCCCUCGUUUACAAGUUGUGCCACAACGAUCCGAAAGAUGUCAUUUUGUUCUACGGAAGAAACGAAAUGGGAUGUUAUGAUUCUUUGAUUUUCUGGUCUGUUAAAAGGCCAACGGCAUCUCCCCAGUUAGAAGCCCCAGCAAUACGAUUCCAAAGCUAUAAACAUUGCUCUUAUCUGUCAACUGGCCUGUACAGAUAUAUUCAGGGUCUAGAUUUAUACUACUCGGCUCUUUCAAUUCAUACUAAUACUCUUACAGUAGGCUCAGAUGCUAGCUACACCAAGCCAUUUCCAACAGAUUAUGUGACCAUAUCUCCCGGCCAAACCAUUGACCUCUGGUUAAAUGCGGACCAAAUUCCCAACAACUACUACAUUGUUGCUAAAGCCUAUAGUGCCGGGGCUGGGGUUCCCUACGACAACACAACCACCAUGGCCAUACUCCUAUACCAAGGAAAUUCUAAUUCAUCUCCUACUUCUUUGCCUAAUAUUCCUUCCCGUAACGACACCAACGCAUCGGUUCACUUUACCAGUAAACUCAAAAGCUUGGCUGAUAAAAACCACCUCAUUGACGUGCCGCACAAGAUAACAACUCAUUUGUUCUUUACACUCUCCGUCAACUUACUACCCUGCCCGAAUAAUUCAUGUGCUAGGCCACUUGGGAGACGUUUUGCCGCCAGUGUCAACAACAUUAGCUUUGUCAACCCCACAAUUGACAUACUGCAAGCUUACUAUUACCAUGUCAAUGGGGUAUUUGGAACUCGCUUUCCAAAUUACCCGUCCUUGCUGUUUAAUUUUACACCUCAGAACUUGCCGUUGUACUUAUUGUCGCCAAAGCGAGCGCCAGAGGUGAAAAUACUGGAGUACAACUCAAUGGUGGAGAUUGUGCUUCAGGGGACAAAUGUAGCGGCAGGAGAUGACCAUCUGAUGCAUCUCCAUGGAUAUAGUUUCUCCGUUGUGGGAUGGGGGUUUGGGAAUUUUGACAAGGACAAGGACCCUUUGAUGUAUAAUCUUGUCGAUCCUCCUCUUCAGAACACCACUUGUAAAUGGUUUGACUACCAUUAG